CUAGCGCGCGCGCGAAGUUUGUCCACGGCCGCCUCCCGUUCGGGAGCAGCCCUGCCGGGCAGGGAGAGGAGGUGGGACGAGGCGGGGCGUUGCGGCCGCCGUGCCAGGGUGACCGGUAGCGCUGUAUUCGAGGUGGCGGGGCGGGCGGAAAGAGCAGGGAGGAGGCCGUGGUGCAGGAUGGCGGCAACAACCUACGAGCGGCUGAAGCUGCAUAUCACACCUGAAAAAUUUUAUGUGGAAGCUUGUGAUGAUGGAGCAGAUGAUGUACUUAUCAUCGACCGUGUGUCCACAGAAGUUACACUCUCAGUCAAGAAAGAUAUUCCUCCUUCAGCUGUCACAAGACCAAUAUUUGGUAUACUGGGCACAAUUCAUCUGGUGGCAGGUAAUUAUCUAAUUGUCAUUACCAAGAAGAAAAAAAUAGGUGAAUUUUUCAGUCAUGUAAUCUGGAAAGCAGUAGAUUUUGAUGUCCUUUCUUAUAAGAAGACAAUGUUGCACUUAACUGAUAUUCAGUUACAAGAUAACAAAACUUUCCUAGCAAUGAUAAACCAUGUCUUGAGUGUGGAUGGGUUUUACUUUUCAACAACAUAUGAUUUGACCCAUACUUUGCAGCGGCUGUCUAACACUAGUCCAGAAUUCCAGGAAAUGAGUCUCUUGGAAAGGGCAGACCAGCGGUUUGUAUGGAAUGGUCAUCUUCUAAGAGAACUUUCUGCUCAGCCAGAGGUCCAUCGGUUUGCUCUCCCGGUAUUAUAUGGCUUUAUUACUAUGCACUCAUGUUCUAUUAAUGGAAAAUACUUUGAUUGGAUUCUCAUCUCGAGGAGGAGUUGUUUCAGAGCUGGUGUCCGCUAUUAUGUAAGAGGAAUUGAUUCUGAAGGCCAUGCAGCUAACUUUGUAGAAACAGAACAAAUUGUGCACUACAAUGGGAGCAGAGCUUCAUUUGUACAGACUCGAGGAUCAAUACCACUUUACUGGUCUCAAAGACCAAAUCUCAAGUACAAACCACUGCCACUGAUCAACAAAGUAGCAAAUCAUAUGGAUGGUUUCCAAAGGCAUUUUGAUUCACAAAUAAUUAUUUAUGGAAAACAAGUCAUAAUCAAUCUGGUUAAUCAGAAGGGCUCAGAGAAGCCGCUUGAACAGGCGUUUGCAACAAUGGUGUCUUCCUUGGCAAAUGGAAUGAUCAGAUAUAUUGCCUUUGACUUCCAUAAGGAAUGUAAAAAUAUGAGAUGGGAUCGACUAAGUAUUUUAUUGGAUCGAGUAGCAGAAAUGCAAGAUGAAUUAAGUUAUUUUCUAGUGGACUCUGACGGCAAGGUGGUGACUAACCAGGAAGGCGUGUUCCGCAGCAAUUGCAUGGAUUGUCUGGACAGAACUAAUGUGAUCCAGAGUCUGUUAGCUCGUCGUUCGCUUCAGGCCCAGCUUCAGAGACUAGGAGUUUUGCAUGUGGGACAAAAGCUUGAAGAACAAGAUGAAUUUGAGAAGAUUUACAAAAACGCCUGGGCUGACAAUGCAAAUGCUUGUGCCAAACAGUAUGCGGGAACUGGUGCCUUGAAGACUGACUUUACCAGAACUGGGAAGAGAACUCAGUUGGGACUUAUAAUGGAUGGCUGGAACUCACUGAUACGGUAUUACAAGAACAACUUUUCUGAUGGAUUUAGACAAGAUUCCAUAGACUUAUUUCUUGGGAACUAUUCAGUGGAUGAAUUAGAAUCUCAUAGUCCUUUAAGUGUUCCAAGGGAUUUGAAAUUCCUGGCUUUGCCUAUUAUCAUGGUUGUCGCCUUUUCCAUGUGCAUUAUCUGUUUGCUUAUGGCUGGUGACACCUGGACAGAAACACUGGCAUAUGUGCUCUUCUGGGGAGUUGCAAGCAUUGGAACAUUUUUUAUUAUUCUUUACAAUGGCAAAGAUUUUGUCGAUGCUCCCAGAUUGGUCCAGAAAGAAAAGAUAGACUGAAUUUGUGUCUGUGGAAAGCGGCUUGGCUUGGAAGAUUCCAUUAUGCAGAACUGGAGUCUUUACUGACCCGCUUUCCACGUCAGCCCAAGGUCUUUUUAAAUCCUUUAUCCAAAAGCACAUCUUGCGCUUUGUGUGGGGGUGAUGACUUAGAAUUGAUCUGAUGUUACUGCCUUGAUGAUCUCUUUACUAUUGGGAUGGUUAUAAUUUGAAGCUAUUCUGUAAUUAAAAUGUAACCUCAAUUCAGCUCACGGAAUGGAAGGAAUCAUUGUCAAUUUAAUCAGCUGUGGCAGAAUAGGUAAAAUAUAUUUUAAAAAAAUCUCGCUUCUUUCCUUAUUUAAAACAGUGAAACUAUUUUUCUAGCUCAGUUUCUUGUCACUGUAGAAGCAGUUGCUGUUAGCAGGCACUUUUCCAUAUGCGUCUUUGGACUUUUCUUGAGUUUAAUAAUAAGCUAACUCUACUCUGUUUAUCAGAUGUCUUUCACAUACAUCAAGUAGUUGGACGAAAUAGUCUGUGACUACAUGGUAGGAAAGAGGAGACCAGGGUCUGGUGGUCCUUUGGAGCUUCAGUUGGGCUGCCUUAUGAGUUCAGUCAGCUUGAUUUGUGCAGUUUUAAGUGUGAGGGAAAAGGUUCAGGUGUAUUUUAUCUUUUUUAAAAGGUGUAAAUGAAAUCAAAGAAUGUGAAGUCUCUCUCUUAUGCUAGAGGUCCAAAGCCGCCUCUGUUUUCAGGAUUGCCCCAGUGUGGAGAAUGCCCUUGGUUGGUCAGCUCCUUCCUUCUGGACCUUUCGGUUUCUUGGGGGUCUUUCAUGGAGACAUGCAGGCCUCUGAGCGGGUCUUGUGCUGAAUCCAGUGUUGCACUUGGAGGCAGCAGCUGCUUUUCCACGCACGGUAGUGUCAAUGCUUCUCCCUCUUUAAGGGUUUUUGUUAGCUGUCAGUAAGUCUAAAAUUUAGUGCUUCCAGGUAGUUAACAGCUCUCCAAAUCAAGGACCAACUUUAAUUUAUGUGAAGAAAUAAAUCUGAAAAAAUACACUCUAGAAGCUGUGCAUAGUUCUAAUUAUAAGUCAGACUGUAUAUUCAAAUUGUAAUUAUGAGGUUUAAAAAUUAGAAAAGUAUGUAAGGAAGUAUAAUUGCCACUAUUUUAAAAUAGUUCAAUUAAAUACUGCUACAAUAUUUGUGUUGUGCUUGAAAAUAUGUACAGUUUUUUCAAUGGUAAUACCUUUUCCUGUCCUUAAAUAUCUCUAAAGAGCGCCUUGAUUUUAACGUUACCUUUUUUCCAACAUUAUCUUUUAUAAACAUUAAUAAGAGUUGUUGCUUUUAGAAACUCUAAAGGAAAUAAUAGCUGGAAAACCCUCUGUAGCUUAAAGUCAGUCAUUAAAACUCACAAUAGGGUAAGUAAUUAGAACUACCUACUCUUAACUUGUAAAUAAGCAUAAUUCGUUCCAAAGAGGAAAUAUCGAAACUUAGUUCAUGUCUACUGUAAUGUAUUACUCAGAUGCUACUGGGCAUUUCACAUUAAGAACUUAUUUCAACCACCACAACAAAGACCAAAUCUGAACUGCUGAUGUGGCUGUUUUGCAGUGAAUGGGCUAAUGUUGGUGUGUUAGAUCUUAAGGUAUCAAUAUUUCAGAACCCUGCAAUGAUUAUAUUUCUAAAUUCAUGUACUGUCCAUCCGUAAGUGAAAAUAAAAUGUCAUAUUCUUUUCUAA